AUGGCUGAAAAUGGUGCAGCACAGGAAAAUCAGGUAGCCAAACACCAAGAAGUUGGACACAAGAGUCUUUUGCAAAGCGAUGCUCUUUACCAGUACAUACUGGAGACCAGCGUAUACCCAAGAGAGCCAGAACCCAUGAAAGAGCUUAGAGAAUUGACUGCUAAGCAUCCAUGGAACCUUAUGACAACUUCUGCUGAUGAGGGACAAUUCUUGAGCAUGUUGUUGAAGUUGAUCAAUGCUAAAAAUACCAUGGAGAUUGGUGUUUACACUGGCUACUCUCUUCUUGCUACUGCUCUUGCUCUUCCAGAUGAUGGACAGAUAUUAGCCAUGGAUAUUAACAGGGAAAAUUACGAACUUGGUUUGCCCAUAAUCCAAAAGGCUGGCGUGGCUCACAAGAUUGAUUUCCGUGAAGGCCCCGCUUUGCCUGUUCUUGAUCGAUUGGUCGAAGACAAAAACAACCAUGGCACGUAUGAUUUCAUUUUCGUGGAUGCUGACAAGGACAACUACAUCAACUACCACAAGAGGAUAAUAGAACUAGUGAAAGUUGGUGGUGUGAUUGGGUACGAUAACACCCUGUGGAAUGGUUCCGUGGUGGCUCCACCAGAUGCACCAAUGAGGAAAUAUGUUAGGUACUAUAGAGACUUUGUAUUGGAACUUAACAAAGCAUUAGCAGCUGAUCCAAGGAUUGAGAUUUGUAUGCUUCCUGUUGGUGAUGGAAUUACCCUGUGCCGCCGUAUCAGCUGA